AACGAGUGCAGUUGGUCUUUAUAAUUGAAAUGUUUCUAUACCGAGUGCUAUUGCUUAUUUCAUUAAUAUCCCUGCUGGGGGCUAUACAAGAAAGUACUCACUGCAGUGCCUUAAGGAAGAAGGAUGAAGAAUGUGGAUCAUAUUGUUACAAAAUAGUGAAACCCCUUCUGAGCUACGCUGCCUCAGUUCGAUCGAAAGAGGAACAAUUCAGCGAACUUACAGCAAAGAUCCAGAGCCUGGAAGCAACAAUAAGAUCUUUAGAGACUCAGCUUGAAACAACAAAAUCAAUUCAAGAGUUUAAAAACGAAUUAUUGUCAUCCAACCAGGAUAUAGUGGACAAGUUACAAAAUAUAAUUGAUACUAAAAAUAGCAAUGCAAAUGCGUUGAACACAGAGAUAAAGGAAAAAGAUUCGGAAAUAAUUAAACUGAAACUUCAAAACUCUGCAAGCUCAAACAAAAUUAAAGAACUCACAGAUAAAAUAUCUGAAAUGGAAAGAGAAACCAAAGAAAGUUUACCCUCCAACUGCGUUGGUAAACUUACAGCUAUAUACGAAAUAAAAGUUCCAGGCUCAAAACCCUUUUCCGUGCCCUGUGACUCGAGCCUGGCUGAUUCCGGUUGGACAGUUAUUCAGCGUCGUCAAGAUGGCUCUGAGAACUUCAAUCGCACAAUGAGUGACUAUAGAUCGGGAUUCGGCUGACUCAACGGGGAGUUUUUUAUUGGACUUGAGAAGCUUUAUUUAUUGACGAACUCCCAGAAACAUGAGCUUUACAUAUAUCUCAAGGAUUUCGGUAACAAGCAUGCCUAUGCCCGAUACAGUCACUUUCUUAUUGGCGGAGAGGAGGAACAUUUUAAACUCAAAUCAUUAGGAGACUUUUCUGGAAAUGCAGGAGAUUCAAUGUCUCCCCAUCUCAAUAUGAUGUUUUCAACCCCCGAUGAAGAUAAUGAUAAAACAGACAGUAAACAUUGUGGAAAAGAAUUUAAUUCUGGUUGGUGGUUUAAAUCUUGCUAUUAUAGUAUUCUAAAUGGAAUAUAUAGAAAGGAGGGGUUUUUAAGUGAAUCAGGAGUGGAUUGGAAUCACUGGCAAAGUAGUUCACUUAAAUUUGUUCAAAUGAUGAUC